AUGUCUGACUCAAAACGUCCCUUGCUCAAAGGCCCACCACGUCCACCCCGAUCAAAUCCAUUGGCGUUAUCCUACACCGAGCCUCCUAGACUCAAGAACGAGGUAACACGUACAAAGAAUGAUAGCAUUAGAGUUGUGGAAUUCAACGGAUCCGCAAUUCCUCAGCCAUUUCUCGAUCCAUCCAUUAUGCAGAAAAAAGCGCAGUUGGAACGAGAGCGGAAGUUAGAGCAGGAGAAAAGCACACGACAGCAGCUCGAAAGAAAUCAGACUGAGGGCUCUUCUAGAUCCUAA